AUGGGGAGAGGUAAAGUUGAGUUGAAGAGGAUAGAGAACAAGAUAAACAGACAAGUGACAUUCUCAAAGAGAAGAGGUGGUCUGCUUAAGAAGGCUCAUGAGAUCUCUGUGCUUUGUGAUGCUGAGGUUGCUUUGAUUGUUUUUUCUCACAAGGGCAAGCUCUUUGAGUACUCUACUGAUUCUUGCAUGGACAGUAUUCUUGAGAAGUAUGAGAGGUAUUCAUUUGCCGAAAGACAACUUGUUGCUACUGAGCCUCAGUCACCUGCAAAUUGGACCCUGGAAUACAGCAAACUGAGGGCAAGGAUUGAUCUCUUGCAAAGAAACCAUAGGCACUAUAUGGGAGAAGAUCUGGACUCCAUGAGCCUCAAAGACCUUCAGAAUCUUGAACAACAGCUUGACACUGCUCUUAAGACCAUUCGUUCCAGAAAAAAUCAACUCUUGUACGAUUCCAUCUCCGAAUUGCAGCAAAAGGUUUGUCUCAUCUUAUGUAGUAACAUCAAAGAGAAGGAACAAGAAAUGGGCCAGCAGGCCCAAAUGUGGGACCAGCAGAAUCACGGCCCAAGUGCACCACCACCACCGCAACAGCCACAACCACAAUUCUUGAUGUCUCCACAAUUUCCAGGCCUUAACAUGGGAGGUGUGUACGAAGGCGAAGCAAUGGAGGCAAGAAGGAACGAGCUCGACCUCACCCUCGAUUCUCUCUAUUCAUGCCAUCUGGGAUGCUUUGCGACUUGA